AUGGAGAGCCAAGCAGCCCUGGCACGGGCGGAGUUUGCGGAGGUUUUGGAGACAAGGAGAAAGCCGCCGAAAAGUGGGAGGAGCAGGAUCCGGCCGACUGGAUCCGACUGGACGGAGAAGAACGCCGCGGGCCAGGUGAAGUCCGGGCCAAAGGUGAUGCUGAUCUUCCGGAGCGACUCGGAGAAGGUUUCCCGAGCGGAGCUCACCAGCUGGGUCAGUCAGGCCUCGACGGAGAUGGACCCGGUGUGGCAAAACUAUGUGUGGAACACCAAGGACAAAAUACAAGAGAGGCGCAGCUGUGCUACCAAGAAGGAGGAGUGUUUCAAGGCAGUUGAGCAAUCGCAAGUCGGCAGUGCAGCGCCGCCGGGUCUGACGGAGCCGUGCCAGGUGUGGGCCGUCGAGCCCUGGCCCAUUACCGUCGACGCCAUCAGCAAAGUCACGGCUUCCCUGCGUCGAGGCGGUUACAAGUCGGCCCAGAACCACUUCGACGCUGCAGCGUCGUACCAGGAGAGGUUCCGGCAGGAGGCGGUGGACCCAUUGCUCAAGAAGGAUCCAGCUCAAAAGCCUGUCCGCGAGGCGACCUUGCAAGACAUGGAUUCGGACAGCGACUGGGACGGAACAGAAAUCAUCUUCUCAUCCAAAGAGAGCACGGCUGUGAACUGCAGCAAGGAUGUGACCAAGCAUGUGGCGAAAAGAGGUUUGAAGAUGGUCGCAGAAGGAUCCGAGGCGGCCCCGGCUAACCCCGACCCCAGCAGCGUGAAGAUCGAGCAUUUGUGGGUGCUUCCGGCUGAGAACCUCGUGAAAGAGCUGAACACCUUGUUGGCCAAGCUCAAGGGCUACACGAACCAAUUUAAGAAGUCGCGAGUGCAGCUGAAGGCAUCCCCGAAGGCAUCCGAAGCGGCCUGGCUCAGGCAAUCGAACAUAGCAGCUAGCUUGGAGUUGACAAUGAAGGAUCCGAAGAAGUUGGACGAGAACGAGUGCAAGGCUUUCGUCGAGCAGUGCCAAAGCAGGGUGAGUGCAGGGAACCUGGUGAAGGACAUGUCUGAGGGGAUGAAGAAGAUGUGCAGCAGUGUGCUGAGGCAGAACAGUAGCAGCUCCAUCGGUAAUAAGUAG